GCGACCCCUACCGAUCACUCGCGCAGUUCUACUCGACGUAGAGGAAGAAGAUGGCGGCGCUCAUCAGGCAUGGUUCGCUCGUCAAUCCUUUGAAAUGUUCACCCACUAUCCUUGCCGUGAACACGACGAGCCUGCGAUACGAUGUAACUCGUUUUAAAAGCAAGAAACGCCCUUACGUGCCGACUCGCACAUACGACGACGAAAAGAAGUCUCUCGCUUGCAAGGGAUUUUUGAGAUAUCAAAAAGAGUACAAACCGCCGGAAGAUUUAUACAAUAGAAUAGACAAAAUUUGCGAGCAGCAACAAAUUCCCACGGCUUAUGAAACAAAACUCGACGAUCCGUUGCAACGUUACAAUCUUUUCUUAGCAUGCGAGCAAGAGUUUCAACAUCCGAUAACGAACUCCGUAUUGUACAGCAUCCGAACGAUCAGUGAUUUGAAAAAAUACUACAGAAAGCACGUUAGUAACAUAACACCGUUGGACGCUAUGCGUUCUAUGGAAUUGCCAAAGAAUCUGCAUAUUAACUAUGAUUAUGUGAGAUUCCAUCCUGAUACGGAUACGUUGUUCAAUGGAAAAACAGCAUUCCCAAAGAGCUCCACUCUGGUAACUGGAUUGAAAUACAAGAAAAAAUAUCAAGGGCACGUUCAAGAGAAUCCUUUCUUGGAAGAUAUGCUUAAAAUUUAGAAACAUCAAUUAGAUUGUACAAAAAAAAAAAAGAAUGAAUAAAUUCGCUUUUAAAUAUCA